GUGGGGGCUUCGGCCGUGUCGCCGCGGUCAGUGGCGGCGGUGAAGUUUGUUCCGAGGGAGAAGGGGCGGACGGAGAAAGGACCGAGCCAAGCCGAAGAGAACCGAGCCGGGCUGGGAGCGCAGCAGGAGGCGGAGGGUCCGGCUCUCCUCACGGGGGACUCCCGGACUGCCCUGGACUCCAUGUGAUGUCCAGGGUCAGAAAUGCCUUAUGUGGAUCGUCAGAAUCGCAUCUGUGGAUUCCUGGAUAUUGAAGAAAAUGAGAAUAGUGGGAAGUUUCUGCGGCGGUACUUCAUUCUGGACACGCGAGAAGACAGCUUGGUGUGGUACAUGGAUAACCCACAGAAUCUUCCCUCUGGAUCUCCACCUGUGGGAGUCAUUAAACUUACCUAUAUUUCAAAGGUGAGCGAUGCAACUAAGCUAAGGCCAAAGGCAGAGUUCUGUUUUGUUAUGAAUGCAGGGAUGAGAAAAUACUUUCUACAAGCCAAUGAUCAGCAGGACUUGGUUGAAUGGGUGAAUGUUCUGAACAAAGCUACCAAAAUCACAGUACCAAAGCAGUCUGAUCCUCUGUGUCAGGUGGAUAAUGCAAAUCGUCAAGCUGAAAGCCCAGGUGGAAAGAAGCAAGUCUCAUACAGGACAGAAAUUGUUGGUGGUGUUCCUAUCAUUACACCUACCCAGAAAGAAGAAACCAGUGAGUGCAGUGAAGGGGGUGAUAGUAAUUACUUGAAACGGUCGCAAAGUCACCUUCCUUAUUUUUCUGCUAAGCAUCCCCCAGAUAAUGCUAUUAUCAAAGCUGGUUACUGUGUAAAACAAGGAGCAGUGAUGAAGAACUGGAAGAGAAGAUACUUUCAGUUAGAUGAGAACACAAUAGGGUAUUUUAAGUCUGAACUGGAAAAGGAACCUCUCCGGGUUAUACCACUUAAGGAGGUCCAUAAAGUUCAGGAAUGCAAACAAAGUGAUAUAAUGAUGAGAGACAAUCUCUUUGAAAUUGUAACAACUUCUCGAACCUUUUAUGUACAGGCGGACAGUCCAGAAGACAUGCACAGUUGGAUAAAAGCAAUUUCUGGGGCCAUUGUAGCACAGCGGGGACCUGGAAGAUCAGCGGCUUCCAUGCGGCAGGCCAGAAGGCUGUCGAAUCCUUGUAUACAGAGGUAUACAUCAAGAACUGGUGAAUGCAGCACGAGCAUCCCGAGUCUUCUUCCGAACCCAACCAUGCUCUCCGUUCUGCCAUCCCAGCCCCAGCCUCCUCACAUUCCACAGCCUCUCACGGCAGCCCUCUGGUCCCAAACCCUCACACCAAAUACCCUGCCUUGGAGAAGCGAGGAUUUCACGAGUCUUUUACCAAGGCCAGGCCAGGGAGCUACAAGAUCCAGGUUGUCACUCCAAGAGAAUCAGCUUCCAAAGUGACUGAACGGGGCUUCUCAGAACCCCAAAGUAAAAAUGGCACUCAGGAACAGGAUCCUGGCCUUGUGGAUCUGGAUGAUGCAAGCCUUCCAGUUAGUGAUGUGUAGUAAUGGAAGUGUUUGGAGAAUGAUCCAUUUGUUUGGUCCUCUUAAUUUCCUUGCUCGGACUUUGAACCAAAGAAAAUUAUAGGAAAUGAGAACAAAAAAACCGGAACACUGAUUUUUAUAUAUAUGGAUGUGUGUGUGUUUGUGUGCACACAUGUGUAUAUAUAAGGUGUUAGUAUAUUGCCUUUCAGCUGAGGGUCAGAAAUGGACCUUAGGUGUUUUCUCAAAGCCUGAUAGUAAAUCACUUACUAGGGAGGGGCCACUGCACAAUUUAGGAGGAGAACUAAAGCAAAAGACAAAACCAAAAUGUACUUCUGCAGGUAAGCAAGGUACCAGCAACUCUUCAUUCCCUAUCUGGCACACUCACUAAAUUCACAACUAAUGCUACAUUGUGGAGAACUUAUUGCCAACAAAUGUGAUUCUUUAAUACCAUUUUGAACUGCAGUAAGACUUAAUGCAUAGAUGAGGAUUGUUUCUCUCCGUGACUUUCAGAUAGGAAAUGCGCAGAAAGUUUCUUCUGUUCUUUAGGAUCAACAGUGUCAACUGAUUUGUUAUCAGACCCAGAAUUCUGAAUAUGGAAUUCUAAUCAUGGUGCUGUGAAAUGUCCACUAAAAUAAUAUUUUGAAUAGUCAGCCUAUUUUUGAUGCACUCCUGAAGGUGGGUUAUAUAACCUUUUGCACAUUGGGUUUUCAAUGGACUGCAUGUCACGGUGCUUUGGAGGUGGGGAGAAGAGAAACUGGACUUUGGACACUUUUAAGGUCUUUUUGAACUAAGUAGGGUUUCUACUGUGUUACGUUAGGCUUUGCAGCAAUUAAUUUCUCUCAAAUGUCUAAAUGCAUCGUUUGAUAACUGUUUUGAGAAUGGUUUUCUUAUCAGUGCUUUGUGAACAGUUCUUGUCUCUGUAUUGAUCAGUGAAAGACCUCCUGAGUUAGUUUUGUCAUUGUUGGUACUGAACUGUUCAUAGUCAUGCAAUUGUGGCCUAUAACUUUCGGUGCACUAAGAAUCUUAAGUGCCUGUUUUUUUUCUCACGUUGUUGAAACACUUUGGGAUUAGCUAUGUACACAAACCAUUCCUAAUGGUUCUAAAUGUUGGCUGGGAGUUGGUCUGAGUAGCAUAGUCCGAAACAGCUACUUAAAACAGGAAACUUCUGCUAGGGAUACCAGUGUUCUGGUAUUGCACCUGCUAGCUGUGCAAUAUAUGUUUUGUUUAAAAGGAGAGUAUUUGUUCUUUGUGUACACUGUGUUACGGGGCUUCAGUGAUGCAAAUGGGGAGAACCUUUACAUUUCAAGUAUUGGAUUAGAUGGAGUGUGUCCUGGUCAUCAUUUUUGACAAAGAAAUGUUUGCUUUAAUCUCAACCCCACAAAUAUCUCAUGCUGCUGCUUAGUGUGAUUCAGAUUGUCCAGCUUGGUGAUACUUUGGGGUUUUUGGUCUCCUGGAACCUAAGAUGCAUAUCAUACAAGUCCAUUUUCUCUCCAACUUCCAAACUGACUUCCAGCUUGAGAGAUAUGGAUGGCUUUACCAUGAUGAUUUGUUGAUCCAAGGAUAGACUAAUUGGUGUCAUAGAAGAAUGAAAUAUAUCUAACUUCAAAACCUUAAAUUCUAUCAGCACCUUCAUCUUUUUGUUUAUCCAUAAGCUAACUAACCACUGUCUUAAGGCAGUGGUCUUUGUAAAUGACUGGUUUUGUUUGACUCUUUAGAUACAUGUGAAAACUAGCACAGAAUUUGAAGUUCCUGUAAAUGUCUGUACUAGUAUUGUAGGUUUUAACUUCUAUACAGAUAAUAGCUCUUUAAAAGCUUAUUUUUUCACAAGUACCUUCUGUGUGGAAGACACUUUGCAUUGAAAUAUUUUUUACUGUAGUCUAACAUUUGAAAUCACCCGCUCUGGUACAGCUUUCACACUGCAUGUUCAUCCUGUUCUGUUUUGGUAUUGGCAAUUUUACACAUUGGGUGGAGGUAAAGCAGCUCCAUUAUGGGACUUACAAAAAAAGGGGGCAAAAAGAAGAGGAAAAAAGAACUACUGUUGUAGUUCAGUAGCAUAGGGAAAUAUUUGUGGUUGGUAAUUGUCAGGGUCUCCUAUUUAUCAGUACUUUUAUAAAUCUAUGAAAAUUGUUAAAUUAUUUUAGAAACAGUGCUGUAAAUAUGUCACAUUGAAAUUGUCAAUAAAUCAGUUUGGGUAACUUAA